GAAGACGAAGAACACUGCCGCCUCCGGGUGAUCGAAUCGGUCACGCGCACCUUCACGAUGUCCUUCGAUGCCGAGUUCCCUCGACGAACAGGCGACGGAGAUGGCGCGGCUUCCAUCGGCGACGCUGCGCCACCUGCUCCCCUGCCGACGGGGCGACGCCAGAAGGCCCGAGCUCCUCCGGUGACAGUGCAGCCAGUGCUGUACAGCAGCGCGCUGGCCGCCUUGGCGGCAUCGUCGCCACCGUCGGUAGAGUACGCAACGCCCGGCCGCGCACUCGUUUCGUCCGGCGACGGCGGCGACAAUGGCGGCCGCAGGAGGCGGAGCACCAACAGCGACCGCCAGCGCUUGCGCGCGGAGAUGCUGGCACUCGCGCGUUCCCCGGGCUGCUUGCGGCCCCUGCUGGUCUUCGUCUUCAGCCUGGUGAUCGGGCUCACGCUGGCGCUGGCCGCCUACGGAAUCAGGGGUUCCCGCCUGGACGGUAGAGCGAUGAUUCGGCGCGGGAACGGCACCUACUAGGAUGCUGCAGGCGACCGCCGCGACCAGCCAUGGUCAAGAUGGUUAAAAAUUAUUGGCCUACACGAGCUUGCGCGCCAUCAGCGUUCAGCUGUCGCGGCUUCUUUCUUUUUAUU